CAGCGCCGGCGUCGCGCUGGUGAUGUAUUUUGUUGUGGACGGCCCCGGGUUCACCUGGUGAGCGUGGGGCUCCCGGCUUCUGCCGCCUGCUUCUGGAUAUAUGAAAAGUGCUGGCUUUCCGCAUAAAAUGACUGACCCAGAUGUCCUUACAGAGGUUCCAGCAUCUUUGAAAAGACUUGCUAAAUAUGUGGUACGGGGCUUUUAUGGCAUUGAACAUGCUCUGGCCUUAGACAUCCUGAUCCGAAAUCCCUGUGUGAAGGAAGAAGACAUGUUGGAGCUGCUGAAGUUUGAUCGAAAACAACUCCGAUCAGUUCUGAACAACUUGAAGGGUGACAAGUUCAUUAAGUGCAGAAUGAGAGUAGAGACUGCUGCAGAUGGCAAGACUACUCGCCAUAAUUACUACUUUAUAAAUUACCGUCUUUUGGUUAACGUGGUAAAAUAUAAGCUAGACCACAUGAGAAGGAGGAUUGAAACUGAUGAAAGAGAUUCCACUAAUCGGGCUUCUUUCAAAUGUCCCACUUGCUAUAGUACUUUUACAGACUUAGAAGCCAAUCAGCUUUUUGAUCUUGGGACAGGAAUUUUCCGUUGUACCUUUUGUGAAGCAGAAGUGGAGGAGGAUGAGUCAGCAAUGCCCAAAAAAGAUGCUCGAACAGUUGUGGCAAGGUUUAACGAACAGAUCGAGCCCAUUUAUGCCCUGCUACGAGAGACUGAGGAUGUUAACUUGGCCUAUGAAAUCCUUGAGCCAGAACCCACGGAAAUCCCAGCCUUAAAACAAAGCAAGGAACGUGCUGCUGCUGCUGCCGGAGCUGCUGGCCUUGCAGGCGGACAUCACCGGGAAGCAUGGACUACCAAGGGUCCGUCCUAUGAGGAUUUGUACACUCAGAAUGUAGUCAUCAGCAUGGAAGACCAAGAUGAUCUUCAUCGGGCAGCAGCUGAAGGGAAACCCAACAAAGAGAGGCCCAUUUGGUUGAGAGAAAGCACAGUCCAGGGAGCCUAUGACUCUGAAGAAAUGAAAGAAGGUGGAUUAGACAUAGAUGCAUUUCAGGAAAGGGAAGAAGGCAGGACGGCCCUGGACGAUAAUGAGGAGGUCAUGCGGGCCCUUCUCAUUCACGAGAAGAAGACACCUUCAGCGGCAGUUGGUUCAGUUGGGGCAGCUGCUCCUAUAACUACUGCAAAUGGCAGUGACUCAGAGAGUGAGACAAGUGAAUCAGAAGAAGACUCUCCACCACGUCCAUCUGCGGCUGUUUCAAUGUACCAAGAGGAUGAGGAAGAGGAGGAGGAGUUUGAGGAGGUGGCAGAUGAUCCAGUUGUCAUGGUAGCUGGACGUUCAUUCUCUUAUAGCGAAGUGAGCCAGCAACCUGAGUUAGUGGCACAAAUGACUCCAGAAGAGAAAGAUGUCUAUAUUGCAAUGGGACAACGUAUGUUUGAGGACCUGUUUGCAUGAAACUUCUCCUGUGUCUUCCAUGUUGGCCAGAUCAGAGAAUGUAUUUUUCAAAAUAAUUCCCAAUAUUUAGUCUAAAGAAAAUAUUCAUCUCACAAAUCAGGUCAAGGGUAGGAAUUUGAUUUUUAGUGUGCCAAAACAGAAAAGAGGAGGAUGGAAGGGAAGAUGAUAGAGUGAAUUUUAUACAAACUGAGAAAAUUCAUUUAUCUGCCACCAUAGUGUCAGUAUUUCUACUUUUUUUUUUUUUUUUUUGCAUUAUUUCUUAACUUGCUCAUAUCUCUGAUACCAGUAUGGAUUUUGGUUUUCACAGACUUGUUUGUCAAAAAGAUAUUAUGCAGCAAUUAGUUCUGAUAUGUAGCAUGGCAUUGUUUCUUAAUGCAGAGUUUUAAACUUAUAAAAAUAUGUAAAAUAUAUAUAUACGCAUAUGUGUAUAUAAAUAUAAACUUUCCUAUAGGUGCCUAUAAGAGUAGUAACUUUUGUAACACUUUCUCUUACAGUUUUUAAAAAUAUCAUUUUACAGGCCUUUGUGGACAGUAAAGAUUGUGUUUCAGAAUUUGACCCUAUCAAAAAUGAUGUUUCAUUUACAUAGGUGAAUGUUAGAAUUGAAAAACUAUUUUCAAAAUAUUUUAUAUCAAUUAAAAUUUGUUAUUGCUAGUAAUGUAACACCCAGGGGCAAGGGUUCAAACUGAUAUUUUAUCUCCUUUAAAAAUAAAGUUUUCUUUAAAAAAUGUUUUGUUCAAGGAUGAGGUCUCUAUUUUCCAUUAUAUAAACUAAUAUCUGCUGGGUGCUUUUCUUAUUUUUAUGUGUUAAGUGCUUUUCUGUUCUGGGGUGUUCCUGCAAUGAAAUUGCUGUUACAGAAAUAACUUUCCUUUAUGCUGUGAUGCACCUGGAAUACCUUGGCCUUUAAAGCUUGAUGCUUAUUAAAGUUUUCAUUUUAAUAAUAUGGUAAGCCAUUGCUAACACUUGAAACUUUUUGAAACUGUCUGGUUCCCUGGAAAAGCAUAACUUUUCUGUUGAAGUUUUAUUUCAAUCCUCUUAACCUCCUUGAAUUAUUAUCCCAUCUUGAACCCUCCUUUUAUUGCCAAACUUUUCAGAACAAGAAGCAGUACAGAGCAUAGCCAAAGUCUUAGUGCAAUGUUAUGCUUUAAUUUAACAGUUUUUAAAUGAGGAUGUUUAUAUAUUCCAUUUAAGCUAAAGAAACUUAAAAUUGUAUUAAGACUUUUGAAACAUUCUGUAUAUAGAUUCAGCCUUUCAUUGCCAUAGUCACACUUAAAUGUUAACUGCCCUUCACCCCUUACUAAUAGGCUAAUGUCACUAAAAAUUACUUUUAUUGGUGGAUCUUGGACCUAGAGAACAGGUAAUGAAACCUAUUUCCCUCUUUAAAAAGAUGAGAGUAUUGGGAAGGUGGAAAGUAUGUGAACUGAAGUUCAAUUGGGAGAGGAGGAUAUAUUGGGAGAAUACUGGCGCAAACGAAUGUUCAAAACAAAAAGAAGUGUCUCAAUUGUAAAAAUUUGAAUGGUUUCCUGUUUAUAAAGUUGGAAAAACUUAUUGGUAUGGUGGAGAUGUGGAACUGAAGACUGAAUUUAAAUCUGAGUUCUUCCACUUAUGUUUGGGAAACUUGAGUGAAGUCAUUUUAAUGCUCUUUGGGCCUCAGUUUCCUUCUAAAAUGAGGGGAUUGAGAAAGGAGCUUCUGAGUUGUCUUCCAGUUUUGAAGCUCAAAGAUUCUUAAGCCUGAUGUUCAAGACAAGCCAUCACCUGUUCCUUCUCUCUCUCUGCUUACUUGCAGCUUCCAUUUCCUGUCCAACUGAUCUGGCUCUGAAUCUUUCACACCUAAUGUAUCCCUAUUUAUUUCUCUAGUCUUCAAAUACACUCACCUAGCAGUCCUUUAAGGCAAAGCUCCCAUCUCUCUUUGAAGCCUUUUUUAGUUUAAUCAACUCAAACCUUUUUAGCUUCUGAUUGUCUAAAAUGAUCAGUGAUCUUCAACUUUAAAGAUUUUGAGCAUGCACUAUGUAGGAUUAUAUAUUUCAUACAAACUACUGCACUGAUAUUGUAUACUAGGAGAGUUACACCAAAGCAGUAUUGCUGAAGGAUGGUUAAAGAUGAAAAUAAUCAUUUUUUUAAAAAUCAACAUUUUUAGUUACUAACAGCAUGCUUGACUUGUUAAGGGAUCCUCUGGACUUUUCUUUUUGAGUUGCCAUAUUUUCCAGAAAUACUGGACUUAAGAGUAUUCAAGAAGCCCUAAAUAUUUCAAGAAUAAAGACCCCCUACCUUUCUGCUGAGCUGACACAAAUUCUUGUUUGCAUCCCAAGUUGGACUCCCUAUGUGUCCUUGGGUAUCAAGACAAGUACCAGUCAGUCUGCAUUAGCUGGGAACCUGCUUAUACAGCUGGGACCCUUGUAGUAGAUAGGCAGACUCUCCUAUCUUCAUGGUCUAGUAGUUCCCAAGGGUAAAGAUUGCUGUUUUUGCCAUCUUAAUUAUUUAUAGUUUCUCCUCCCUUGACGCUCCCAUUUUGGUAAAGAUUUCUGUUUUUCUUCUGUUGCAGUUUCAUAAAUAUUCAAGCUUUUGUUUGAAUUGUGAACUCUUUGCACACGUUUACAAUUCCACUUGCAUGCUCAUUUCUCUUGUAAUAAACAGUUUUUCACCUAAGUUUCUUGAAGCUGUGAUGGCUAUUGACAGAAUGCUUCAUUUUCCUUUUUUUUAAUCUCUCUGUGUGUCCUGGAACAUGGUCAAUCAACAAGCGUAUAUGAGUUGGGGAGACAAAAAGACAGGCCCCUGCUCUCAGAAGCUCACAUUCUAAAUAGGAAGGCAACGUGCAAACAUCUAGGAAGGUACAUAUAGUGUAAGUGAGAGCUAUUCUCAGAGGGAUGGCGUUAUAGGUGGGGGAUGUAGAGGAUCAAGAAAUUCCUCUUGGAGUGGUAUUGGACUGAGACUUCAGUGAAACCAGGAGAUGGAGGUGAGGAGGGAGAACAGGGGAGAGCCAGUGAAAGACCCAGAGAGAGAAGGGAGAUGGAGUGUCAUUUGGCAGGAAAAACCAGAAAGGCCGGUAUAUUUGCAUUCAUAGUGAGGGGAAUCUAGUGUAAUAAUAAUGGAAAUGUAGGAAGGCACCAACUUGUGAAAGCUUUGGAUUCCAAAUAGCAUUUUAUACUUUAUCCUGAAAGAAAGAGGGAACUACUGGAGUUUAUCCAUUCUUAGAGGUCUUGAAAAAAUAAAAAACUAAUAUAAAAAAAAAUUUAAGUGAAUGCUAAAUAUAAAAAAGGAAAGGAAAAGGAGAUUCCUGAAAGAGGAAGUAAAGAAAUGACAAAAGAUCGGAAUGAAGAAUAUUUGAGAAGUGGACAGUAAGUAAAACCAACCUGGUUAAAGGUGGAAGAUUAGAUAUUAGACUUAGUGAGAAUAGAAUUAGGAUGAAAAGUUAGUGAGGAGUCAAAAUUAUUUGACCCUAAGAAAUACAAUGAAAAAUUCAGAGAAAUUGGAAAAACCUGAUAGACAGUAGAAUGAAUAGAACCAGGAAAAUUAUUUGCAUGAUAACCACAAUACUGUAAAGAAAAAGAGCUUUGAAAGACUUCAGUACAGUUCAGACUCCAAAAAACUAAUAAGGAAACCUACCUUUUCUCUUGGUAUAAUGGUAUGUAAUGACCAUAUGCCUUCAGACAGCAUUUUCAGAAUUCAUUUAUUUUACAAAAUAUCUCUGAAGAUGAAUUGAUUGUUAUAGAUGUAUGUACAUACACACGUGUAUUUCUUACAAAGAAGGCGUUAAGUAUUUACCAUGCUGCCUGACAUAUUGUAGGUGCUUAAUAAUUGCUGUUGGCUUAACAUGACAUGGUGGGGUGGCAAUAAGUGAGUGAGAAAUGAUAAGAGAUGGGAGGAGGGGGAAAUAAAAGAGCAUCAGUAAAACGAUAGAUAGAUAGAUAGAUAGAUAGACAGAUAUAGAUAUAGAUAUAUAUCCAGAAAAAAUCGUUCAGAAGGGGACAUCAACAAAUGAUAAUUUUGUCAUUUCACAAAAUUUAACAUAGAUCUUUAAAAUUAUUUAACCAGUUGAACAAUCCUCUUUUUUUGUUUGUAUAUUAGAAUGUUUGUUGUUGAAUUAUUAAGUUCAUAAUUUAAAAGAAUUCCAUUUUUAAAAGAUUAAUUUAUUAGAUUACUUGCCAUUUAGGGAAAAGGGUGGGAGAAGGGAUGGAGAAAAAAAUUGGAACAAAAGGUUUUGAAAAAGUGAAUGUUGAAAACUAUGUUUUGAAAAUAAAAAGCUUUAAAAAUAAAAAAAUAAGAUUAAUUUGGUGACUCAAUGAAGGAAAGAAUGGAGGUAAGGGUGCUGGCCCCUUUCCUCUUCUCUCUUAACAUUUUCUGCCUUGGUAAUCUCAUCAGUUCUCAUGAACUAUUGUCUCCUUUAUCUAUAUAAGCAGCCCUGCUCUCUCCUGAGCACCAGUCUCACAUCACUAAUUUCCUAGUGCUUAUUUCCAGUAGGACGCCCUGUAAACCUCUCCAGCUCAGCACAUCUGGGACAGAACUCAUUCUUUUCCUACAAAGCCGAAUCUCAUCACAAUUUUCCCAUUUUCUGUCAAGAGUACCACUAUCCCAUUUACUCUGGUAGACAUUUUUCUUCACACAUGAACUCAUUCUCCCCAAUCCCUAAAUACUAUUCAUUUCAAAGCAUUAAUUAGUCUUUUCACUCUAUUAACAC